AUGAGCGCCUCCGGCCUGGUAGCGGCCGCGACGACGGGCGUCUUCAAAGACGGUCCCAUCGAGAUGACCACCGUCUCCGCCAACGGGGGCACCUCCUUCAUCUCGGACCACGGCGACGACCCGGAGCACAAGUCGACGGCGGCCGACGUCGUGGCCAUGCAGCGCAUGGGACGCACGCAGGAGCUCGUGCGGCACUUCCGCACCCUCUCCAUGAUUUCCUUUGUAGCCCUCUCCACGACGGCGUGGGAGACCAACAUCUUCGUCUUCACCCAGGGCCUCAAGGACGGCGGCCGCCCGGGCGUCAUGUACAGCCUGCUCUGGUGCUUUGUCGGCUUCGUCCCCAUCUACCUGAGCAUGGCCGAGAUGGCGAGCAUGGCCCCGAUCGCCGGCGCGCAGUACCACUGGGUCAGCGAGUUUGCGCCGGAGCGGUACCAGAAGAUUCUGAGUUACUUGACGGGGUGGACGUCGACGCUGGCUUGGCAGGCCGGUAAUGCCCUGGGCAUGUUUGAGGUCGGCAUUGUCAUCCAAGCCAUCAUCACGGCGAAUAUCGAGUACAACGCCCCGAGAUGGCAUGCCACCAUCAUCAACAUUGUAUUCACCCUGUUUGCGCUCGCGGCCAAUAUCCUCGGUUCUCGAGCUCUGCCGUACUGGCAGAAUGCCGUCUUUGCGCUUCACAUCCUCGCUUUUGUUGCCUUUCUGACUCCAAUUUGGAUCAAUGUGCCGAGGGCUAGCCACCACGACGUCUGGGCUCUUUGGGAGAACCGCGGUGGCUGGCCGACCUUGCUGUUAUCCGUUCUUGUUGGCCAGAUGCCAGGCAUUUCCGCCCAUGUCGGUAUCGACACUGCUGCCCACAUGGCAGAGGAAGUCCGCGACGCCGCCAAGACGAUUCCCAAAAUCAUGCUCGUCGGUUUUGGAAUCAACAUGACUCUCAUUUUCCUGACACUUCUUACCUUUUGCUACCACAUUGUCGACAUCCCGACCGCUCUCGAUGAUCCUACCGGCUACCCUGGAGUCUGGGUUAUCCGGCAGUCGAUGAGCCAGCCAUGGCUGAACAUCCUGCUUGCCGUCAUCCUUAUCCUGGAAGUCUUUGGCGAGCUCUCCUACUUUGCUGCCGUCAGCCGUGAUCUUUUCGCUUUCGCGCGCGACAACGGCCUUCCUUUCUCUCAAUGGCUCGCCAAGGUGGACACCAAGCGCCAGAUUCCUGUCAAUGCUUACAUCUUCUCCGCCGGCUUCAGCAUUCUUCUUAGUUUCAUCUAUCUCGGUAGUCAGGUGGCCUUCUAUGCCGUCGUGUCGCUCUCCACGGUAUCCUUGCUGCAGUGCUACAUGUUCAGCAUUGGCUGCAUCAUGUGGCGCCGCAUCUAUUAUCCCCAUACGCUGCCCCCAGCGCGCUUCUCCCUCGGUCGCUGGGGCCUCUCCAUCAACCUCGCCGCAGUCAUCUUCUCACUCUGGGGCUUCUUCUGGGCUUUCUGGCCAGAGACGUACCCGGUGACGGCUGAGGGAUUCAACUGGGCCUCGAUCAUCUUUGUCGCCACGCUGGUGCUGGCAAUGAUCUACUACGUCGCUGGUGGCCGUGCCAAGUACCACGGCCCUGUUGUACUGGUAGAAGGUCGUAAGCUGCGUGCAGAGUAG